GAAAGGGAAGUUGUCCACGCUAUAGAAAUCAUCCCGGGAGUAAAACCCCAAAGGGGAGGAUCUAUAGGAUGGCUCCCGCCGAGUUAGAUGAACUCCGGCGACAACUGAAAGAGCUGACAGAGAAGGGAUGGAUUCGACCUAGUACUUCCCCUUACGGAUCUCCAGUGUUAUUCGUACCGAAGAAGGGGGGUACGUUAAGGAUGUACAUUGAUUAUAGAGGCCUCAAUGCCAUCACCGUGAAGAACGCAGAGCCUCUACCUCGCAUGGACGACCUACUGGAUAGGGUGCAGGGAUGCAAGUACUAUAGCAAGAUAGACUUGAAAUCCGGCUAUCAUCAGAUCGCUAUAAGACCUGAGGACCAACACAAGAUAGCUUUUCAGACUCGAUAUGGUCUGUAUGAGUUUGUAGUGAUGCCCUUUGGUCUUUGCAAUGCGCCGGGAACAUUCCAGCACGCCAUGAAUCGGAUCUUCCAUGACCAUUUAGAUAAGUUUGUCGUGGUUUGCCUUGACGACAUUCUGAUCUUCAGUAAGUCUGCCGAGGAGCAUGCACAACACUUUGAGACUGUACUUUCACUCCUCCGACAGCACAAGUAUAAGGUCAACCUAGAGAAGUGUGAGUUUGGUCGCACUAAGAUAUUAUACUUGGGUCAUGAAGUAUCCGCGGAAGGGAUUAGGCCGGAAGAUGCGAAGGUGGCUAGUAUUCGAGACUGGCCACGACCUCAGACUGUCACUGAGGUCAGAUCUUUCUUGGGAAUGUGCGGCUACUAUAGGAACUUCGUAAAGAACUAUUCUACAGUCGCCUCUCCUUUGACGGAUCUAACUCGACUUGACACGCCGUGGGACUGGAGUGAUGAGUGUGAGGGAGUUUUCAAGCGAUUGAAGCAUGCACUCAUGAAUCAUGAAGUUCUCAUGGUUCCCGACCCACAGAAGCCAUUUAUAGUGACCACUGACGCAAGCCAAUAUGGCAUUGGCGCCGUGCUGGCUCAGCAGGAUGGGAAGAAGUUGAGACCGAUUGAGUACAUGAGCAAGAAAAUGCCAUCGAAGAAAUUGGCGAAAACUGACCAUCAGAUGCUCAAAUGGGUCAAGACUCAACCGGCUCUUUCUGAUGCACUCAAGCGAUGGAUUGAGGUCAUAGAUCAAUAUGACUUCAAGCUUGAGUAUCUGAAGGGAGAGUACAACAAGGUUUCAGAUGCGCUAUCACGUAGGGCAGACUACCUAGGGGCGCUAGUUUCUGACUUUUGUGUAUCGGAAGAAGUAACUCAAUCGUUGGUGGGAGCCUAUCAGGAAGACCCUGUCACGAUGGACAUCAUUCGCAAACCUCAGGCAAAAGAUAAGGCCACGGAAAGUGAGUUUGUGAUGGUGGACGGGCUUCUCUAUCUUGAUAAGGCCGGUGUUAAAAGGCUAGUAGUUCCAUCUAGUGAACGUUUGCGUAGUUUGUUUUUAGGAGAAUGCCAUGACGCAACCGGGCACUUUGGUUACAAAAAGACGAGUGUUAAUCUAGUACAACGAUUUUGGUGGCCUGGAAUGCUAGAUGACGCGAAGAAGUAUGUAGAGACCUGUCAGGUCUGUCAGCGGGACAAGCCGCGAACUCAAGCACCGCUUGGGUUGCUGAAGCCCUUACCUAUCCCUGCUGGUCCAGGACAGAGUGUUUCCAUGGAUUUCAUGGACACCCUGGUGACCAGUAAGAGUGGCAAGAGACACAUUUUCGUCAUCAUAGAUCGAUUCACCAAGUACGCUAGACUAGUUGCCAUGCCAGAGACCGCAAGGACGGACCAUGUCAUCAAGUUGUUCCAGGACAACUGGAGGAGUGUCGAAGUCCUCAUUGGAGGCGGAUGGAGUGGUGUCGUCAGGGGUGAUGUUAUGGAAGAAGCAGGGGCGGGAGGGAGCGGGCGCGGACUGGUGAUGAGGGUGGAGGAGUCAAUCGUGGUGAAGCAUGCGAGAGAGGAGGUCAACAAGGGGCAUGUCGGGUUCGUGAGCGAGGGCGAUUGCAAGAUCUUUGUGGCAUACUCGCUUGAUGCGGGAGAUGAAUGCAAAAACGGGAAUGACGGUGGUGAGGAGGUGAUGACGGAGAGAGCGGAUGUAUUGCACGAAGCGGUCCGUGGGACCGGUCUGGCGGAGGUGACAAAAUUGUUCGAGGUAGUCAUCGAUGGUUUUCUGGGGGCGGAAGGUGGCAGUGAGAAGGUUGGCCCAUUGGAGGAAGGAGUGACGCAGUCCUCCGGAGGCGUGGCGGUUGCUGACUUCGGCCAUCCACCAUUUGGCGGCAAUGCCGAGGAGGCAGGAGGUGGCAAUGGGAAGCCAGUGGACAAGGGGCAUGUGGUGGAGCUUGAAAGAGUUCUGGAGUUGGGUAAGGAAGACGAAAACGUCCUCGUGGGGAAGGCUGGAGAAGGUCAUGAUGUCGGCGGAUCGGAAGAUGGAGGAGGUGGGUUGGGGUGUGGAGGAGGGGGGUGUGGUCGUGGUGGCGACCGUGAUGGCGGGGGAGUUUCCCUCGAGUGUGAUGACACGAUCGGAGAUGGCGGCCAUGGUGGUGUUGAUGGUGGCGAGGGAGGAUUUGAGGGCGGUCAACGUUUGGAGGAUAGCUGCAAGUUCCGGGGUGGUGGUGGUCGAAGUUGGCUGAUCGCUUGCGAGUUCGUGGGCAAUGCUCUUGAUGGAGUCGGAACGAAGAUCAGACAUGUUGAUGGAAGAUUGGGCCAUGGUGGGGGAAGAGGGGGUGGAUAACGUGGCCGGAGCGGAAGUGGAGGUGGUAGCAGCGGAUGUGAUAGCGGCAGCGGUGGCGGCGGCGGCGCGUUGGUUUGGCGUGGUGGCAUGUGGAGAUGGGGGGAACAAUUCCUAUUUACAAGAAUAGAGCGCCAUCAAGUGAUUUAGCAAUGAGGGUAGCAGAGAAUCGCAGAGCAAGAAUUAAUUUUGAAUAAAUUAAUUUGAAUUUAUUCAAAAUUAAUUCGAGAGUGUUUUUUUUUUUUUUUUUGAAGAAUACAAUUCAUAUUCAUAUAUCCGGGAAACGAGCCUGGUGUCCCUUACAUCAUUUGCUGCGGUCAAACGGGCUAAGUAAGGCACUCCCGGCCAAACCUAUCCCCACCACAGCCUCACAAGGUUACGAAAACCAAUGAUCCCAAUCCCAACCCUAAAACAAAAUUCACGUUCACUA